AUGGUAUGGUUAAGUAAUUCACAUACAAAUCAAAUCGAGGUGAAAACACUGUUUCAUGAUUAUAAAAAUUACAAUAUUCGAUUUGGAAUAAUAAAUAUCGAUUCAAGAUGGGCAACGGGUUUUAAUACGUUUGUAUUUAAUAGUCACAAUUUUUCAGAUCCCAAACAAUUACUUGAUGAAAUACGCGCCGAUAAUGUCAAAAUUGUAUUAUGGAUGACAUCAUUUGUUGAUGUCGACUCGCCUAAUUAUGAAUAUGCUCAAACACACGGAUAUUUAUUCAACAAAACAAUAAAAUGGUGGCAUGGAGAAGGUCGACUUCUCAAUUAUUUCAAUCCUGAAGCUGUUGAUUGGUGGCAUCAGCAAAUAAGCAAUUUAACAAAAGCAGUUGGUCCUAUUCAUGCAUUUAAAGCUGAUGGUAGUGAUCCUUAUAUUAUUGAACUUUUGGAUCCAAAUAUCACAUGGUUAAAAUAUCGUACAGCUUAUUAUAAUGAUACAUUUCAAAUUUUACGUCAACUUGUUGGUGAUGACGCGUUAAUUAUGUCACGACCAGUUGAUGCAGAUUUAGAUUUUUCACCACGUGAUGUUGUCUUUAUGGGUUGGGUAGGAGAUGAAGAUGGAACAUAUAAAGGUUUACAAACAGCUUUACGUUAUAUGCUUGAAAGUGGUAGACGUGGCUAUGUCGGUUUUGGUUCAGAUAUUGGUGGUUAUCGUGCUGAUCCCAAUGCAACAUUAGGUAGAACAAAAGAAUUAUUUUUACGAUGGACAGCAAUUGGUGCAUUAUCUUCAUUUAUGGAAAAUGGUGGCAAUGGUGAACAUCGUCCAUGGAUAUUUGACAAUGAAACAGUUGAGAUUUAUCGUUCUUGGGUUAAUCUACAUUAUUCAAUUGUUCCAUAUUUAUAUACGUUUGGUACAAAAGCAGCAAUGAGUGGAAAAGGCACAUUAAUGAUGCCGUGUGAUGAUAUUGAAACAUUUUUAAAAUAUACCUAUUUUCUUGGACCUAGCUUUUAUGUAGCACCCGUUUUUAAAGAUCCAAAACCGAAUGAUACUGAACGUGUUUGGCUACCAAAAUCAUCGAAAGGUGGUUGGAUGAAUAUAUUUGAUUUGAAAACAUAUAGUGGUAGUCACUUUAUUGAUCAAGAUGUUAGUCGAUUAGAUCAAAUUCCACUUUAUGUUGAAAAUGGUCAGAUUAUUCCAAUGUAUGAUUUUAACUGGAAUAAAAAUCCAUUAGAUGAACCAUUGAACGCGUUUAAAUUUGUGUUAUGGGGAGAACCACAAGAAACAAAAACAAAUCAAUCAUUAAUAACACGAGAUGGACAAGAAUGGUUACUAGAAUUAAAUCGUUUGAGUUUAACAUCAUAUAGUUUAACAACAAAAUUCAUCAAAUCAUAUAAGCAACAAGGACAGAUCUGGACAUGGAAAUUUUGUCAUCAAAAAUUAUGCACAAAAUCAAAUAUUCGACUAGAAAAUAAUUCACAAUUAUAUUUACAUAAACAUACCUAA